AAGAAUUGUUUGCUUAAGUUCUUGACUUCUUUGAAUCCAUGGGAUUCAAGUGCCCCGAGAGGAAAGGUGUGGCAGAUUUUUUGCAAGAGGUAACAUCAAAGAAGGAUCAACAACAAUAUUGGGCUAAGAAGGAUAAGCCUUAUAGGUUUAUCACAUCAAAAGAAUUUGCUGAGGCAUAUCAGUCUUUCCAUGUUGGAAAGGAACUCGCCGAUGAGCUUACAACUCCAUAUGACAAGACCAAAAGUCACCCUGCUGCUUUGUCUACUCAGAAGUAUGGUAUAGGGACGAAAGAACUGUUGAAUGUCUGUGCUGAACGAGAAUUCUUACUAAUGAAGAGGAACUCAUUUGUUUACAUAUUCAAGCUCUUUCAGCUCAUGGUAAUGGCAUUUAUAAUGAUGACCGUCUUUUUCCGUACUGAGAUGCCCCGAGAUGAUAUGGAUGAUGGAGGGAUGUAUGCUGGUGCUCUCUUUUUCGUAGUCGUUGUGAUUAUGUUUAAUGGAAUGGCUGAGAUCAACCUGACGAUUUUAAAGCUUCCAGUCUACUUCAAGCAAAGGGACCUUCUUUUUUAUCCUUCAUGGGCUUAUGCCCUUCCGACAUGGAUCCUCAAAAUCCCAAUAACAUUUAUUGAAGUUGGUCUUUGGACAUUUCUUACAUAUUAUGUCAUGGGAUUCGAUCCAAAUGUUUCAAGAUUGUUCAAACAAUUCUUGCUUCUCGUACUAGUACACCAGAUGGCAUCGGGAUUGUUCAGAUUCAUUGGUGCAGCGGGGAGAACAAUGGGAGUCGCUACCACAUUUGGAGCAUUUGCACUGGUUUUGCAAUUUGCAUUGUCUGGAUUUGUCCUCUCGAGAAAUGAUGUGAAGAAAUGGUGGAUAUGGGGUUACUGGAUCUCACCAUUAAUGUAUUCUGUGAAUUCAAUUCUUGUGAAUGAAUUUGAUGGGAAGAAAUGGGACCAUAUUGUGCCAAAUGGAGCUGAACCACUUGGACAUGCUGUAGUAAGAUCUCGAGGGUUCUUUCCAGAUGCAUAUUGGUACUGGAUAGGUGUUGGGGCACUUAUCGGAUACAUAAUAAUCUUCAACCUCUGCUACAGUAUUGGACUCGCUUACCUGAACCCUUUUGGUAAGCCACAAGCUAUAAUAUCAGAGGACAGUGAGAAUGUUAGACUCAUUGAAGGAAGUGAAACUGAUAGUCAAGACAAGAAGAGGGGAAUGGUUCUUCCAUUUGAACCACAUUCCAUCACUUUUGAUAAUGUUGUAUACUCCGUUGACAUGCCUCAAGAAAUAAAAGACCAAGGUUCCACUGAAGAUAGAUUAGUACUUCUGAAAGGUGUAAGUGGAGCUUUCAGGCCAGGUGUUCUCACAGCUUUGAUGGGCGUUAGUGGAGCUGGUAAAACAACAUUGAUGGAUGUGUUGGCCGGUAGAAAAACAGGUGGAUAUAUUGAUGGUGACAUCAAGAUUUCUGGGUAUCCGAAGAAGCAAGAAACGUUUGCACGCAUUUCUGGAUAUUGUGAGCAGAAUGACAUCCAUUCACCUUAUAUUACAGUUUAUGAGUCAUUGGUUUACUCAGCUUGGUUGCGUUUACCUCAAGAUGUUGACAAAAACAAGAGAAAGAUGUUUGUUGAGGAAGUUAUGGAACUCGUGGAGCUAACUCCCUUAAGAUCAGCCUUAGUUGGAUUGCCUGGAGUCAAUGGUCUAUCAACGGAGCAACGCAAAAGGCUGACCAUUGCAGUUGAACUGGUAGCAAACCCCUCUAUCAUUUUCAUGGAUGAACCAACUUCAGGGUUGGAUGCAAGAGCUGCUGCCAUUGUAAUGAGAGCUGUUAGGAACACUGUCGAUACAGGAAGAACCGUAGUCUGUACCAUUCAUCAGCCUAGCAUUGACAUUUUUGAAGCCUUUGAUGAGCUAUUUCUAAUGAAACGAGGAGGCCAGGAGAUAUAUGUUGGUCCUCUGGGUCGCCAUUCUUGUCAUUUGAUCAAAUACUUUGAGUCAUUGCCUGGAGUUAGUAAGAUUAAAGAGGCUUACAAUCCAGCAACUUGGAUGUUAGAAGUCACAGCCGCAUCUCAAGAAAUGAUGUUAGGAGUUGACUUUACUGAUUUGUACAAGAAAUCAGACCUCUACAAGAGGAACAAAGCCUUAAUUUCUGAAUUAAGUACGCCUCGUCCUGGUACGAAGGAUCUGCAUUUUGAAACUCAAUUUUCACAGCCUUUCUGGACUCAAUGUAUGGCAUGUCUCUGGAAGCAACAUUUGUCAUACUGGCGUAAUCCAUCUUACACAGCAGUUAGAUUCAUCUUCACAGUCAUCCUAGCUCUUGUCUUUGGCACAUUGUUCUGGGAUCUUGGUAGCAGAGUGAGUCAGAGCCAGGAUCUUUUUAAUGCCAUGGGAUCUAUGUAUGCUGCAACUCUCUUCCUUGGUGUACAAAAUUCAUCAUCAGUCCAGCCUGUUGUAGCCGUUGAGCGUACUGUAUUUUACAGAGAAAGAGCUGCUGGAAUGUAUUCUGCUUUACCUUAUGCCUUCGGACAGGUUAUCGUUGAAAUACCUUAUGUAUUUGUACAAGCAGCUUUCUAUGGUAUAAUUGUGUAUGCAAUGAUUGGAUUCGAAUGGACUGUUGCCAAGUUCUUUUGGUACUUAUUCAUCAUGUACUUCACUCUUUUGUACUUCACCUUCUAUGGCAUGAUGACUGUGGCUAUUUCCCCGAAUCAAAACGUUGCUUCUAUAGUAGCAGCCUUCUUCUAUGCAGUAUGGAAUCUCUUCUCAGGAUUCAUCGUUCCCCGACCUCGUAUUCCAAUAUGGUGGAGAUGGUACUAUUGGCUUUGCCCUGUCGCGUGGACCUUGUAUGGUCUCGUUGCAUCACAAUUUGGAGACCUCCAAACUAUGAUUAGCAAUGAUGAAAAUGUGGAACAAUUCUUGGGGCGUUAUUUUGGAUUUGAGCAUGAUUUUCUAGGAGUCGUUGCAGCAAUAAUCGUUGUAUGGCCUGCUGUUUUCGCCUUCUUGUUUGCAUUUGCCAUUAAGGCAUUCAACUUCCAGAAAAGAUAAAGAGUGUUCACUUUCUAACAACCUGAGAGAAAGAAGAAGACACAUAACUCUAUGUACAGUUCACUUUGUUAAGAUUGUCUAUAUAUAUAUAUAUUUUUUUUUCUGGUUUCUUCCUUA